AUAUUAUUUAAAGAAUUCAAUUUUUCAAAAUUUAAAUUACAUAAAUAUAUUAACAAAAUAUUAAUAAAAAGUUUAUUAAAAAGGGGAUAAUAUAAAAUAUCAAAUAAAAAGAUUACAUAUUUUAAGCAGUAGUGAAAAAUCUGUCACCCCUGCCAUCUGCCAUCGCUCGUAAGCGGUGAUGCCAGGAUCCGUUGGUCGAACUGUGACUCAUUACGUAAGCACAAACGCAACCCGAGCCAAAUUUCGAUUGAACUAUUUGAAUUUGUGUACUUGUCAUGCGCCUUUAUAAACUCAUGUGCAAGUGGGGCUUCAAAUCGACCAAACAAAUAGCCUUCGCCAGCACUCUCUAACUAGCUUAGCAAGACAGUAACAGAACCCAAUCCCCCAAAAGCUUCAAUUCAACAUGUCCAUGUCCUUCUUUUCCUUCUCCUUUUUAUCUCUCGUUUUACUCAUCUCUCUCAAGCUCUUAUUCCAAUUAAGAACGUUCAGAAACCUUCCUCCAGGACCUCCCUUUUUCCCAAUAAUCGGAAACCUCCACCAACUCAAACAACCAAUCCACCGCACGUUCCAUGCCAUAUCCCAAAAAUACGGCAAAAUCUUUUCUCUUUGGUUCGGUUCCCGCCUUGUCGUUGUCGUUUCAUCCUCAUCCUUAGCUCAAGAAUGCUUCACCAAAAACGACAUCGUUUUGGCAAACCGACCUCACUUUCUCACUGGCAAGUACAUCGGCUACAACAACACUACCAUCGCAGUUUCCCCCUACGGAGACCACUGGCGCAAUCUACGACGCAUCGUUUCACUCGAGGUUCUCUCAUCUCACCGCCUCAACUCUUUCUUGGAAAUACGAAGGGACGAAAUAAUGAGGCUUAUGCAAAAGCUAACCCAAGACUCUCAUGAAGAGUUUUCCAAGGUGGAACUUAAAUCAAAGUUUUCGGAGAUGACGUUUAACACUAUAAUGAGGAUGGUUUCGGGGAAAAGGUAUUACGGUGAGGACUGUGAUGUGAGUGAUGUUGAGGAAGCGAGACAAUUUAGAGAGAUUAUUAAGGAGUUGGUGACUUUGGGAGGGGCCAAUAACCCAGGUGAUUUUUUGGCUUUUCUAAGAUGGUUCGAUUUUGAUAAUUUGGAGAAGAGGUUGAAAAGGAUCAGUAGGAGAACUGAUGCGUUCUUACAAGGACUCAUUGACGAGCAUCAUAAUAGGAAGCAACGUGCCAAUACUAUGAUAGAUCAUCUCCUAGCUCAACAACAACUACAACCUCAGUACUAUACGGAUCGCAUCAUCAAAGGGCUCGCUCUGGUUAUGCUUCUUGCAGGGACAGACACAUCAGCUGUAACUUUAGAAUGGGCAAUGUCUAAUUUACUAAAUCAUCCUGAAAUAUUGCAAAAAGCUAAACAAGAAAUAGACACUCAUAUAGGCCAAGAUCGCCUAGUAGAUGAGCCUGACAUUCCAAAUCUCCCUUACCUUCAAAGCAUUAUAAAUGAGACAUUUCGAUUGCACCCUGCUGCUCCAAUGUUGGUACCUCAUUUGUCUUCAGAAGAUUGCACCAUAGGAGGAUAUAAGAUCCCAAAGAACACAAUUUUGUUGGUGAAUGCUUGGGCCAUUCAUAGAGAUCCCAGUUUAUGGAGUGACCCUACACUCUUUAAGCCUGAGAGGUUUGAGAAAGAAGGUGAAGCAAACAAAUUACUUCAAUUUGGGUUAGGGAGGAGAGCUUGCCCUGGAGCAAACUUGGCUCAACGCACAGUGGGCUUAACCUUAGCCUUAUUGAUUCAAUGUUUUGAGUGGAAACGAACUAGUGAUGAAGAAAUUGUCAUGAUUGAAGGAAAAGGACUCACUGUGUCAAGGCGAAAUUCCUUAGAAGCUAUGUGCAAAGUGAGCCAAUCACCAGCAAUUAAGGAUAUUUUCUAAUUUCUAGUAUUGUUGAAAGCAUAUGCAUGAUGUAAUGUUCCUUAAGAAGUUACGGUAGCAUAUAUAUAUGUAAAAUAAAAUGGAUGAUAUUUGCAUUAAAUAAAAAAUAGGGUCUAUGUACAAAAUUAGGUUUGAAAUUAAAAGUGCUUGAGCAUUUUUCUUGCUUAGAAUCCUUUUGUUUUUUUUUUCCAAUUAAUUAUAAUCUUUCAUGUUUUGGAAUGAAAAAAUGUUAAUACAUAUCUUAUUUUUUGU